CCGGACCAGACCGGACCAAACACCCCGUCUUGCACGGGGCGCAACUUCCGUAACCCAACGUCAUCCGUCCCCCGGAAGGCACCGCAAAAGCCGGAGCGCACUGGCUGCAUCCCGAUGCAUCCUUCUCCCCAUCUUCCAUCCACCGGUUUCCUUACUCCAUCUAUUUCGUGCCAUGCCAUGUGA